CUUCUACGUUUCCUCCUUAACUUAGUUUCGAUUGAGAAGAUUAAUCUAACACUCAAGAAAAUGUUUUACCACAUUUCCAAACACCUCAAAAAUGCUCUGUUUGGCGUCACGAGAUGAGAGUCAAGUAUAGUAUUCUCAUCUCUCUUGCUUGUGGAUGUUUGGAAAUGUGGUAAAACACGUUCCCUCGUGUCAGACAAAUUAACGGAAAAUAUCAAAAUAUCAGAUUAAGCUAAUUUGGACUGUUUUCCCUACGUGUAGGAGCUGAAGGAUGAAUCUUGCUUCGUACAUCAACACAGCUCAAUGUGCCUUCCUGGAGGAAUAUUCCACGAGCCGUCAUAUUCUGGAGCAGUUAGCGUCAUCUACUACACUCUAAAUCAAGUGUUAUUACUUGAGGCAUGCGCACUGGGAAUAAAAAACACUACAGACAUGCGCAGUAACGAUUCCUCAACACCCUGUGAUCGUGUUUCCAUUCAAUCUGUCAUUGCAUCAAGUACUGUUGGACGAAGCCGUCAACAAACCCUAAACACCUCGGUUAAAAUUGUUCUACAGAACAGAUAUAGCCCAUCUUCUCAGUCAAAAAGGACGUGUGUGUUCUGGGAAUACGAAAACCCAUUAAAUGCAUGGUCAUCACGUGGAUGUCACGUGGUACCUGAGGAAUCUACUAAUGAAGUUACGACCUGCCGCUGUACACAUUUUACAUUGUUCGCUGUUCUUCUGGAUCCAUACAACGUAGAGAUUUCAGGAAGCCAUCGGCAAGCUUUGGAGCUGAUAUCCACAGUAGGUUGCUCAGUGUCACUGGCGGCUUUAACUUGCACUAUCCUAGUAACGUUAAUCUUCUGGAGGAAACUCGAGUCCGUUCGCACAAAGGUCUUACUACACUUAUGCUUCUUUCUCGCCGGAAGUUGUGUCUUGGUUAUUAUCGCUGAUAGAGCUCGAGAAAGCGAGACCUAUUGCAAACUGGUUGCAGUCUCUCUGCACUUCACGUUACUGUCUGCCUUCUGUUGGAUGCUUUGUGAAGGAAUUUUGCUCUACUGCGUCACAACUGUCAUGGCCGCAAAUCACGAGGACAAGAUCAAAUAUUUUUAUCUUCUAGGCUGGGGUGUCCCAGCAGUUAUUGUAAUAGUGGCAUUAGGCGUUUCUCGUGGCAAAGGUUAUGGGCGUGGCUCUUCAAAGAUUAGAACUUGUUGGCUGACGGUAGAAAAUGGUUUGAUAUGGUUAUUUGUCGCCCCUGCUUCGGUCGUGCUACUGAUCAACAUAAUUUUACUCAUCAUCGUAGUGAAGAAAGCUUUAUCAACACAUGUCAUGCUCGCCAGAACUCAACUUCAGAAAAUCCGCGCGGGCAUAAAGGCGGCCAUCGUCUCCCUUCCGUUGCUCGGGAUCACGUGGACAUUCGGUCUCCUGGCUUUCAACUCUGAUACUAUAUUCUUCAAAUACAUGUUUGCCAUCUCGAACUCGUUGCAAGGUCUGAUGAUAUUUGUAUUUCACUGCGCGCUGAACAAACAGAUUCAGGAGAUUUUUAUGCUGAAAAUCAUGCAACUUAAACAGCGUUCUGUGACUACUAGGAGAGUGGAACCUGCUUGGUUCUAAAAAC